AUGGACCACUUAUCGUUCUGGAGGGUCCUGGCUGGCCUUCUUCUCUGCUGUCCCUAUGACCUUCUGACCGCUGCUGCCGCCAUCAAACCCACAGCAAGCAAGGGCUGCAGCACCGAGAAGGCACUCACCAUCACCCACAUCUACAGCGCGCCCGGGGAGGAUGGCGAACAGCUCCAAACCAUGGAAUCCGAUGAUAACAAGUUGGUGUUCAGGCACCAGCUGCGGCUCCAGAGCCCUGCUGCAGACUGCCAGAGGAAUGAACUGAUAGAUGACCUCCUUGCCAGGAUUCAAGCAUUAGAACUAGGGAUGAAGGAAAUGAAGGAGCAGUAUGAAGGGUGCUGUGGAGCUGCAGUUCUACAAAUCAACCACUAUAAUAAUAUCAUGCCAAGCAUCAUUCUAGAAAAGAAGGUGAAUGCACAAGAAGAUCCUUUAAAUCUACUUAUUUCCAUAGCACUUUACGGUAACUGUAAUGGGAAUGGCAAGUAUGUGCCAGCAUUAGGCCGCUGUCAGUGUGAUAAGGGCUGGGAAGGACCCGACUGUUCCAUAAAGAAAUGCCCUGUUGAUUGUGGUGAAUUCGGGAAAUGCGUUGAUGGUGCCUGUGUAUGCGCAGAGGGAUACACUGGUGUGGACUGCAGGGAGAAGAAAUGCGCUGUCGACUGUCGUCCCAAUGGCCGUUGUGUUAACGGUGAAUGCGUCUGUGAUGAAGGCUUCAUGGGAGCUGACUGCAAAGAGAAAAAAUGCGCUGUCGACUGUCGUCCCAAUGGCCGUUGUGUUAACGGGAAAUGCGUCUGUGAUGAAGGCUUCAUGGGAGUUGACUGCAAAGAGAAAAAAUGCGCUGUCGACUGUCGUCCCAAUGGCCGCUGUGUUAACGGUGAAUGCGUCUGUGAUGAAGGCUUCAUUGGAGUUGACUGCAAAGAGAAAAAAUGCGCUGUCGACUGUCGUCCCAAUGGCCGUUGUGUUAAUGGGAAAUGUGUCUGUGAUGAAGGCUUCAUGGGAGCUGACUGCAAAGAGAAAAAAUGCGCUGUCGACUGUCGUCCCAAUGGCCGUUGUGUUAAUGGGGAAUGCGUCUGUAAUAAAAACUUCACAGGAGUUGACUGCAGGGAGAAGAAAUGCGCUGUCGACUGUCGUCCCAAUGGCCGUUGUGUUAACGGGAAAUGCGUCUGUGAUGAAGGCUUCAUGGGAGCUGACUGCAAAGAGAAAAAAUGCGCUGUCGACUGUCGUCCCAAUGGCCGUUGUGUUAAUGGGAAAUGCGUCUGUGAUGAAGGCUUCAUGGGAGCUGACUGCAAAGAGAAAAAAUGCGCUGUCGACUGUCGUCCCAAUGGCCGUUGUGUUAACGGGAAAUGCGUCUGUGAUGAAGGCUUCAUGGGAGCUGACUGCAAAGAGAAAAAAUGCGCUGUCGACUGUCGUCCCAAUGGCCGUUGUGUUAACGGGGAAUGCGUCUGUGAUGAAGGCUUCAUGGGAGCUGACUGCAAAGAGAAAAAAUGCGCUGUCGACUGUCGUCCCAAUGGCCGUUGUGUUAACGGGGAAUGCGUCUGUGAUGAAGGCUGGGAAGGACCAGACUGUUCUCAGAAAAGCUGCCCUAACAACUGCGCCAAUAAUGGAGUCUGUGUCAAUGGUGUCUGUCAGUGCGCAAGUGGUUUCACCGGUCCUGACUGCAGUGAGAAGGAGUGCCUCCCGGACUGUGGCGAAAACGGCAAGUGCGUUGACGGUGUCUGCCAGUGUAACUUCGGAUAUACGGGGCUGACUUGCAGAGAGGAGGACUGUGUCGUCAAUUGUGGUGAAAAUGGCCGCUGUGAUGGUGGCCAGUGCUUCUGUGAAGAGGGAUUCUUUGGUGAAUCGUGCUCAGAAGUAAUGGCCGUGCAGAACUUGCGUCUCGUCGGCACAACAGAGGACUCUCUGAGCCUUUCCUGGGAUGUACUGGUGGAUGUGGACUAUUAUUAUAUUAGUUAUUAUCCUUACGGAGAUGCAAGCCUGAAACAGCAAAUUAAAGUUUCUGCAGACCAAGACUUCUACCAGAUUGGCAGACUGAGCCCUAGCACACUGUACCAAAUACUGAUGUACCAAGUGAAGAAUGGGGUGACCAGCGAUCCAGCCGAACUUCAAGGCCAAACUGAUGCUGGUGCUCUAGGAACUCUCUGGGUGACUGAAGAGACAGAAGAUUCCUUGGAGGUGGAAUGGGAGAAUCCUAAUAUUAGAGUGGACUACUUUAUACUGAAGUAUGCUGCCCAGUCUGGAGGAGUGGAGACAGAGGUUCAAGUGUCACAAAGCGAUGACCCCAAGACCAGAUACCUCAUUAAAGGCCUACAGCCCAGCACAAAGUAUGACAUCAGCAUCCAGUCUGUGAGAAGAGGACAGGACGGAAAAGCCUCGUCUGCAGUGGGAAUAACAGGAAUUGAUGGUCCUAAAAACCUGGUGGCUACAGACGUGGGUGAAGACACAGCCAGCUUGUCCUGGGAGGCUGCCCAAUCUCAGAUAGAUCGCUAUAUCUUAACAUAUGCAUCAGUUGAUGGACACAGGGAGGAGAUGGCAGUGAGCAAGGAGAAGACCAGUACUUUCUUGACAGGCCUUACUCCCGGUAUCGAGUAUAUAUUCAACGUAUGGGCAGAAAAAGGAAACAAGAGGAGUAAGAGAGCCACCGUGUCAGCCACGACAGACAUUGAUGCCCCCAAAAAUCUGGAGGCAUCUGAAAUAACACAGACAGAAACCACCUUGACUUGGACUCCUCCAGUAGCUCAAAUAGAUGGUUAUAUACUCACCUAUGAGGAUGCAGAUGGCAACCGUCAGGAGAUUGAAUUAGAUGCUGCAAGCAAGAGUUUUGAGCUGAAAGGUCUCAAGAAAGGAACACAGUACACUGUAUACUUGAGAGCUUACAAAGGAGAGAAAAAGAGUAGACAAGCCACCGCCACGUUCCUCACUGUGACAAUCAUAAUUACAUUCCCUGUGGAUUGUUCCCAAAUCCGACAAGCUGGCAACAGAGAAAGUGGUAUAUAUACCAUCUAUCCCGGGGGAGAGGACACAACAGGAGUCAGAGUGUAUUGUGACCAGGAUACAGAUGGAGGUGGAUGGACUGUAUUCCAGAGAAGGACUAAUGGGAAACUUGACUUUUACCAGCGCUGGAGGACGUAUGUGGAAGGAUUUGGCGAUCCCAGUGAUGAAUUCUGGCUUGGUCUGGAGUGGCUUCAUAAACUUACCUCUACUCCAGUCAAGUAUGAGUUGCGUGUGGACCUCCGGGUUGGGGAUGAGUCUGCAUAUGCUGUUUACAGCACCUUCAAUGUAGGUACUUCUAGGGACCGAUACAAACUGUUAGUUGGUGGCUACUCCGGCACAGCAGGUGAUGCUCUUAAUUAUCACAAUGGAUUAAAAUUUACUACAUGGGAUAAGGACAAUGACCUUGCUCUCACUAACUGUGCUCUAUCACAUCGCGGGGCCUUCUGGUACAAGAACUGCCACCUCGCCAAUCCUAAUGGACAGUAUGGAGAUAACAAUCACAGUAUGGGAGUUAACUGGGAGCCUUGGAAAGGUCAUGAAUUUUCCAUUCCGUUUAUAGAACUGAAGAUGAGACCUCUGGACCUGUCUGCAUGA